CAAGCAUCUGGCCCAUCUGAGCUCCGGCAACAUGGAGUCAAACAGCCUGGAAAGAGCGUCGCAGUACCUAAACAAUCUUUUACUUGCGCGUGGUCUCCUCUCAAAUGGGAAACCUAUCGAUUUUGCCCGGCCAGAUCGUCAUGGCUCCAGCACCAAUCCAACAAUGUCCCGAGUCAUCAAUCUCGUCCACGACCUGGUUCUCCGACGCGAUCAGGACGCUGAACAACGAGAAAACCUCGCCAUGCAUAUUCGUCAAGCCCGCGCCGACGAAGCCCAGCGUGUCCUCGAUUUCCAAAGGCUACAAGCCAAGAAUGCCGAGCUCUCGCGAGUUGCAGCUGCGGCCGAGUCGCAGGAGCGAGCGCUGAAGGCAAACGUGCGCAAACUCGAAACUCAGGCAAAAGACCUCAGGGAGCAGAUGUUGAAGAUGAAAUCCUCCUUGGAUCAGGUGCGCGCCAAAUGUCUGAGCGACGUCCGCAAGAGGGAUGCCGAAAUGGACAAGCUGAAGGGCUUUUUGGCGGGGAUGCAGCGCGGCAAGAAAGAUUCGAGUGGCAUGAAAAUUAAUACCAUCAACUGGGAGCCAGAAGUCAGGGGUAGAGAGCUGCGCAAUGGACAGGAUGUUCACAGCUCCGAAUGGAGCCUAGAAAAGGAGACCAACGAGUUUCUGACUGCAUUGGUCAAUGAGACGAGUACAGAAAAUGUGUCACUUAGACGGAUCAUAACGGACACCAUGCAAAUCAUGCGAGACAUCACCGGGCUGGAAGCUGGGGAAGCCGGCGCUCAGAAUGAAGAAAACGAAGAAGACAAGACAGGCAUCCUGGACCACUACCGCGAAGCCAAUCGAAUACCAACUCCGCAACAAACUCAAGCCGAAGACCUCACGUCUUGCGACGAGCUGGCUGAACAAAUGACUGCCGUUCUAGGACACUGCCAAUCGAUACUCAGAGAUCCGUCUUUCGUUCCGAUUGAAGAAGUCGAAAUCCGUGACGAAGAAAUCAUUAAGCUGAGAGCAGGAUGGGAAAAGAUGGCAAACCGGUGGAAGGAAGCGGUAACGAUGAUGGAUACAUGGCGAAGACGUAUGGUGGAGAAUAGCGAAGGUCUGUCAAGGGACGACCUCUCAAGGCUGGAGUUCGGGAAGAGUGUAGCUAUGCUACCUAACGGCCAACCUGUUUUUGGGACCAACGAGGAAUUGUCGUCCAUACUGUACGAAAGCAGUAGGCUGGACGAAGAAGAAGCAGAGCAAGCAGAAUUUCCCUCAGAGUCCGAACAACGAGACAUUGGACAGUCCAUAUCAGCUCAAAACGACGCCGCCAUCAGAAAAGGCCAACCCAAGAAGCAGCCACCGGAACUCGACCUAGACCUAGACAUUCCUUCGGCACAGGAACGGUCACCUAAAAGGCGUGCUUCAAUUGCGCGCAAAGCGGGUAAUAUAGGCAAGCCGAUGCGACCAUUACAUGCAAUUGACACGAACAAUCUCCACCGAUCACCUAGGAUUGGUUCCGAAAGGUGGACAACAUCGAGGGAUAGUGCAGACUCCGGUAUUGGCAGUCUGGACGGUGCAAUGGAUGGCAAGCAUGACUUAGAGAAUGACGAUGAGCACUAUGAACGCGAGCUCGGGAAAAGAACGAGGGACUUGGAAUCCCGGAUCCCACGGCAGAUUAAGAAGCAGGAGCCGACGUUAAGUAUAGACGAAAAACUCGCCGCGGUAGAGGCAGAAGCUCUAGCAACUCAGCAAGACUUGAAAUCAGCUGUUGGUGCCAAAAGGGGGAAACGGAAACAUGGAGAUGGUGCCCCCAAGACGAGGAAGGCAUCGAGGAGGAGAAGCACAUUGAGUCCGGAGGAGCUGGCUGAGUUGAUGGGUAUUGAAUAACUAGGACACCGACAGCCCUUCUGACGGCUUAGCAUCCUUUGGGGGACUGCGCCUUGAUCCCUUGCCGUAAUGUUGAAGCCAUGGAUCAGCUCGUGAACAAUAUCAUCA